CUGCGGUUCUCUUCUCUGAUUGGCUGUCACUCACUCUGCACGGCCCUGAUUCGUUGUAGUUUACAUCAUUGCAGUAGAUUUAUUUUAAAUAUAAUGUUAACUUGCUCAUUAUUGUAACUAUCGGACUCUCAGACGUUUUAAAGAAAGGGUGUGUGCCAAUAUCAUUGCAGCCAUGCUGUGGAGACUAAGCACGAGUGUGAGGCCAUGUGUGAGUAUGUGUCGAUGGGUUCACACUAAAGAGAAGGGGAAACCUCUGAUGCUCAACCCACGUACCAACAAGGGCAUGGCAUUCACUCUGAAGGAGCGACAGAUUUUGGGCAUUCACGGUCUGUUGCCACCAAAGAUUGAGACCCAGGACACACAGGCCAUGCGCUUCCAGAAGAACCUGAAGAAGAUGUCUGAUCCUCUGCAGAAGUAUAUCUACCUGAUGGGGAUUCAGGAGAGGAAUGAGCGUCUCUUUUACCGUGUGUUGAUGGAAGAUAUCGAGGCUCUGAUGCCCAUCGUCUACACGCCAACUGUUGGCCUCGCAUGCACACAGUAUGGACACAUCUUCCGUCGGCCAAAAGGUCUGUUUAUCUCCAUUAAGGACCAAGGACACAUUCGUUCCAUAUUGGAAAACUGGCCAGAAACUUCUGUCAAGGCUGUAGUUGUGACGGACGGUGAGCGUAUCUUGGGUCUAGGAGAUCUGGGAGUGUAUGGGAUGGGUAUUCCUGUUGGAAAGCUGUGUCUGUAUACUGCCUGUGCUGGAAUCCGACCUGAGAGUUGCCUGCCGGUCUGCAUUGAUGUGGGCACUGAUAAUGAGACAUUACUGAGAGACCCGUUUUACAUGGGUCUGUACCAGCGGCGGGACCGCUCUCAGCGGUAUGAUGACCUCAUAGAUGAGUUUAUGGAGGCUGUGGUGGAAAAAUAUGGACAGGACACACUCAUCCAGUUUGAGGACUUUGGGAAUCACAAUGCCUUUCGCUUCCUGAAGAAAUACCGUGAGAAGUACUGCACCUUCAAUGAUGACAUCCAGGGCACUGCAUCUGUAGCUCUGGCUGGUUUACUGGCAGCUCAGCGUGUUGUGGGGAAGCCAAUAACUGAACAUAAAGUUCUGUUUCUGGGAGCUGGAGAGGCAGCUCUUGGAAUUGCUAACCUGAUCGUCAUGGCGAUGAUGGAGGUGGGGGUGUCUCAGGCAGAUGCCAGAAAGAAGAUCUGGAUGUUUGACAAAUACGGUCUGCUAGUAAAGGGCAGAGCUUACGAGACAGACAGUAAUCAGGAGGCUUUUGUUCACGCUGAUCCAGGGGAUGUGAAAAGCUUCUUAGAUGCCGUCAAUGUUAUUAAACCCACUGCGAUCAUUGGUGUGUCAGGAGCUGGCCGGCUCUUUACUCAUGAUGUCAUCAAAGCAAUGGGCAGCUUAAAUGAGCGACCAAUCAUCUUUGCCCUGAGUAACCCCACUGCCAAAGCAGAGUGCACAGCUGAAGAUGCUUACAGCCUCACACAGGGUCGUUGUUUGUUUGCCAGUGGCAGUCCUUUUGCACCUGUGUCAUUAGAGGAUGGCAGAAUACUGACCCCUGGACAGGGCAACAAUGCUUAUAUAUUCCCAGGUGUUGCACUGGCUGUGAUUCUCAGUGGAGUCCGACACAUCAGUGAUACGAUCUUCCUUGAGGCAGCAAAGACACUUGCAGAUCAGCUAACAGAUGAGGAGCUGAGUCAGGGCCGACUCUAUCCACCCCUGUCCAAUAUCAGAGAGGUGUCUUUACAGAUGGCUGUCAAGGUGGUGCAGUAUGUAUAUUCAAAUGGAAUGGCAUUCAGAUACCCAGAGCCUCUGGAUAAGGAAGCUUACGUCCGAUCAAUUGUGUGGAACACCCAGUAUGAUUCGUUCAUGCCCGACAUGUACAACUGGCCCGGUGUAUCAUUCAGCCCCGUAGUGGACUAGACGAACACGAGAGAACAUGCACACGAGACCAUAAACAACAAGAACAAAAUGAAGGAAGCGUGAAGGAAGUUUUGAUGCCACCGUUUUAGGCACUCCAUGUUUCCCUGCAGCUUCUGCCUAUUCUAGUAUUUAUUCAUAUUUCUGACCAUUUAUUUCAAUUUAAACCUGUUAAGAACACGUCCAGGUCACAUUUCAAUCCAAAAUGUAAAGAAAUAUGAACAUGAAGAUCUGUUUUUAGAGUGACAUUAUUUCCAUGACAAUUAAGCACCCACAUUACUGUAAUGCAAAAACAAUUAUAUGUUAUUUAAUGUCUAAAAUAGUUAUGCAUCAUGGCUGUGUUUGUUGUAUUGCCUUUAAUUUACGCUGAUUUAAACUAAAAGGUUUUUUUAUUUUUUUAUUUUUUGUAAUACAGUAAAAACUUUGCUGUACAGUAACGAGAUUUCUAGUGAGAAUAAUGUCAAUUACAACAACAACAACAACAACAACAACAAAAAAGUCCAGAUGCAUUACCGUAAUGAGGAUUUAGGAAGGAAAUUUGCUUGAUUGACAUGACAAAUAAUGUAAAAUACAAAAUUCCUUAUAGUUUUUUACCUUUGAUUUUGGAGUGGAAAGUGACACGUUUUCUUGAGAUUCAACCUUGUAGUAUUUUAUACAGCUAUUGCUAUUGUGUUUUGUUAAACAGUGUGCCUUGUCACUCCUCUUAAGUGUUUAUAUGCUGCGUGCAAUGUAAUCUUUUCUAUAAUGAAUUUACACUCCAUAUACUCAUUGUGUUUGUUUUCUGUUGUGUCCAAUGAAGAAAAAGAAGAGGAGACAGAAUAAUAUUAUAUACAGUAUCAUGCUGUUAGUGCAUUAUGUCGUACAUCUCGUUCUCUGUGGCUGUGACUGAACUGUAAUGUUUUUAGAGCACUGACUAGCAUCAAAUAUUUACACACUUAUGUCAGAUCAUGUCUUGUAUUGCUCUAUAUAAUAGCUGAGGCCCAUUACAUGUGGGCACUUUACAUUAAUGUACUGUCAGCCACUGUCAUUCUUGACAGGGUCAUUUUAUGUCACCCCGGAGUGGUUUAUUUUGCGAUAAUGACAGGUUGACUGUACUUUAUCUCACUCUACACGGCAACUUACAAAAUAUAUAAAUAAAUGGACAAUAAAUAUUGAUUUGAAGUGAAAAUACUAUGUGAGAAAAGAGCACAGAAUGAAACGAAAGACAUGAAACUAGCACAGCUAUGUAGGAAAUCAGUAGCCUGCAGUACGAUUUAGCGGUCAUUAUACAAAAAUAUUUGACAGCAGAAUGACCAGUCAAAACUGAACAGUGCCUGCUUAUACAUCUUUCCAUUAGUCACUACAAAUAUAUGUUACAUAUUUUACACAACAAUCUGUGUUCAGUAGCCAAAGAUCACAAAUUAGGAACAAGUUUAUAGAUGUAUUGAUUAUCAUGAUUUUCUUUAAACUUUUCAUAAGAGUUAAAAAAAGAUGAUUUUUUUCUUACAACAGUAUUUUGUGCAAAUUUGAAAUAUCUAGUGAACACAAUUGUAACCAGGACCAACACUGAAGCAGAGCUAUUUGGUUUUAUCAGCCAGUUUACCCCUUUUUUUUUUUUUGGGGUCACUGUGGUAACAUCUGUGUUAUAGACCUGUAAUGAUGUUAUAAAUAUUUAUGAAUACAGUUGUAGAGUGCUAUCAUCUCACCAUCCUCAGUGCUAGUGCUGAUAAAUGCCAUAGUGUCUGAAACACAAGGAGUGUAAGUGAGCAGCUCAGAACAAGUGCAAAAUAAACAGUUUUGGUCUAA